AUGAUGGUUGAACUCGCCAGGCUUCUGACCACUCGUGGUGUCAACUUUGAUGCAAAAGACAAUCAGGUACGCUGUUUUGCACAUGUGAUCAAUCUUUGUGCCCAGGCCAUCCUGUCAUCUCUUUCGGACACCCUGAUUGAUGAAGAAAUCGUGAUUGAUCCCCUGACUAAGGGAGAAGUCCAAAGCUUUGAGCAGGCAGCUGCACGUGAUCUCAUCGCUUUAGAGUGUGGCAUCAUCCAUAGUGUCUGUUCCUCUGGCCAAAGAAAGGAGCACUUUGAAGAUAUAGUCAAGGAGGGCAAUGCAAAGAAUUACUUCUUUGCAGGGGAGCCGCCUGUUGUCAUUAAGGUGACCCCUAAGCAGCUCAUUGCUGAUGUUCAGACACAGUGGGACUCCACAUGGCACAUGCUGCAUCGACUCCGCGAACUGCACCCAGUGCUUAAUGCCUCUGAUAAUCAUCUCAUGAAUCGCCAGUUAGCAUGUUUCAGGCUAUCCCUCAUAGAGUGGGAAGUCUUGAAAGAGUUUGAAGUCAUGCUGAAGAUCCCUCGCCUCACGACCAACAAGUUGUCUAUUGGGGCUAGUCCAAUGCUUUCUGCAGCUGUUCUGGCCAUCGAACUCCUGCAGACAUCUUGGGAGAAACUGCAUGACCGUAACAGAUUGCAAGUGCAGCCAUAUGUGAGUGUUGGUAUCAAGAAGGUGAGUGAGUACUACAAGUGGAUGGACGACACCAGGGCUUAUGUGAUCACCCUCUUUCUAAACUCAGCAAUCAAGAUGACCUGGGUCCAGAAAUACUGGGGCAAAGACUACAUCUGUCGAAGCAAGGAAACUGUCCUCGCUCUUAUGAGAGAGUAUGCUGCUCACCUUGGCAACCAAAAUGCUGGUGCCAGCGCUGUCGAGGUGUCUGCGGCCCAGCCCACGUAUGCUGCAGUAGAGAGCCUGACAGCUCAAUACAACCUGGUUGACAACUUCAUGCUCGCUCAUCCUGAAGGCAACAUCAAGCCUGUCGAGCAGGAGUAUAAUGUGUACGAGAUGCAAGGCCUCAAUUUUGAUUAUGGCAUCUUGGAAUUUUGA